ACACGCAGAGCCUGCUCGUUGGUUACACAAAGUUGUGCCCGCCCUGUGUUGAUGAUAGAAAAGCCAGCAGCCAUUUUCGGGUAGAGACACUUUCAAAUAUCACAUUCACCAAGCAGCAGGUUUCUCCAUUUUCUCCAUCUCAAGAACUCGUGUUGUCAUGGCAGCUGUUGGUCGACGAGGAACAGUCAGUGAAUUUGCUGGGUUCGAUCCCCAGGAAGAUGCCGCAAAGUUAAGAAAAGCAAUGAAGGGUUUCGGUACUGAUGAAGAUGCGAUCAUUGAUGUAUUGGCUAAAAGAACUAUAGCCCAGAGACAGCGGAUCAAACAGGACUUCAAGACUGCCUUUGGCAAGGACUUGAUCAGUGACCUGAAGUCUGAAAUAUCUGGGAAGCUUGAGCAGGUGAUUCUCGGAAUGUUGAAGACUUCUGUCCUGUAUGACGUACAUGAACUGAAGAAUGCAAUCAAGGGUGCUGGUACCGAUGAAGGUUGUAUAAUUGAAAUUUUGGCCUCACGGGAUAAUCGUGAAAUCCAGCAGAUUGUCACCACUUAUAAGAAAGAGUUUGGCAAGAGUCUGGAGGAUGAUAUCUGCGGAGACACUUCUAACAUGUUCCAAAGAGUGCUCGUGUCUCUAGCUACGGGAAACAGAGAUGAAGGAAAUCACGUAGAUGAUCAGCAAGCCAAGAAGGAUGCUCAGACAUUGUAUGAUGCUGGCGAGAAAAAAUGGGGGACAGAUGAAGUUGCAUUCUUGGGCAUUCUCUGUAUCAGGAACCGACAUCAUUUGAAGAGAGUAUUUGAAGAGUAUAAGAAGAUUUCUAAGAAGGACAUUGAGGGCAGCAUUAAGGGAGAGAUGUCUGGCAGCUUUGAAGAUGCUUUAUUGGCAAUUGUUAAGAACAUGAAUAACCAACCUGCUUACUUUGCUGAGAGGCUGUACAAGUCCAUGAAGGGAGCUGGCACAGAUGAUGAUGCCUUGAUUAGGAUCAUGGUAACUCGGUGUGAAAUUGACAUGCUGGACAUUAAAGUUGAGUUUCAAAGAAUGUAUGGAAAGUCAUUGCAUUCCUUUAUCAAGGGCGAUUGUUCUGGAGAUUACAGAAAGAUCCUCCUCCAACUGUGUGGCGGUGAAUAAUUGUAAUAGUUCGUGUCAUUUCAAGAUGGAAUGAAUUGAAGAUCCUGCAAAAUGAGUGCGGUGCUCCUCACUUAGUGACAUGCUUUAAUUAAACGCUCAAUAAAGCCUUAACUUUUUUGCCUUUGCUAUAAUCUUGAAAUACAUUAUUCUAAUCAAUGCCUUUAAAGAUGGAAAGCUAAUAUAAAAUGCUAAGCCAAAGCACAAUGCACAAAUCAACUCCAAGAUCUUACUGUAAAAUUGAACAUACACUUGACAAUAGUUAGUAAAUUGCUAUUCCUCAAAGUUCCAGUGCAGAUCUGAACUUUGAAAUCUGGGGCUUGCCAUUUCUGGUUUUAAUGAUCUUCCAAUGUGGGACUCAAUCCAAGAAGGGAUAAAGUAAUGUGUGUACUGCACUACAAUGUGAAUUAAAGAUGAAGAACAAUUGUAAAGUGUAUGAUUUGAAACUAUAAACUUAAAGAUAAAUUAAGUGCAUCCUGUACUCUGGUCCAAGGAAAUAAUACAUCAUUCAAUGUCACGCAAGAAAUAGUGAAGGGGUUACAAUGACAGCCCUGCUGUAUUUUUUACCAUGAUCUGUAGACUUAAAUUAGUUUCAUACAGCAAAUGAGCUGGUUGCCCCUUAAUUUUGACUGCAGUCAGGAAUUUCCUCAGCUGUAAUGUUGUUGAUUGGGAACAAUUGCAAAUUGCUAAGAAUGUACGAUUGAGUAAUGAAAGUGUACAAGAUGCAUGUAACAACAUUUGUCAAAUAGAUUAUACACAAAUCAGUUGUAUUCACUUGGAUGAGCAUCUCUUGCUGUGUAAUUUGUUAAUGUCACCUGUAAAUAUUUACAUUUUGCAUGAGUACCACUUUGAAAACUGGAAGCAAUGAACCAUUGCAGUAAUGUUGUAAUUCAAGGCUGUUAACAUUUAAAUAAAACAUUCCAUUUUAUCUAUA